AUGGAAAAUUCGGUGAGCGGGUCGCGGGAAUUACUGCCGCCACCGGCAGCGGCAAUAGCGGAGGGAGAUGUGAGUGCUAGCCUGUACCUGACAGCGCAGCGGUGGCGUUCGUACCUCCUUGAGCACUCAGUGGCGUUCCGUCGACUGCAGGAGGAGCGCGAGCGGGGAUGGAGGUCGGCGGCAUUGGAUGAGUGGUACGCGCGACGGCUGGCAAACACGACUCCUUCAUCCGCCACUGGUGCCACCAUCGCUAGCCCUUCUCGACCCGCAUUCGAACUGGCAGUGAAACAUGGGACUCAAGUAGGCAAUGGCACCACAGCGUUUGUGAAUGCAGACGUUGCCGCUCUUGCCAAACGCUAUCAGCAGCAUGCGCGGCGCAUCAUGCAACACGCCGCAGGCACCUUCUUUACGGCUCUCCCAAGGGUGAGUUCGCUUGGCAGCAGCAACGCUGCGGUGAACCCUGCACCGUCUGCGCCGCUUUUUUUGGACCUCGGCUGUGCCCCAGGCGGUGUGUCAAAGUACCUCGUGGAGGACUUAGGGUGGCGCGGUGUUGGGGUGACGCUGGCGAGCGCAGACGGCGGCAUAGACAUGGACCCUCUUCUUUUGCAGGAGUGCGCUCGCAGUGACGCGUCGUUUGUACUGCUCGACGGGGACGUCACGCAGCCGCCGAGCACAUGGAGUCGUUCGGCGGCGUACGCACAUGUGGAAGGUGAGAGUUAUGCGACAAACGUGUCUGCCCCAUCAUCGUCAAGCGCGUCUUCGACUGUCUGCGAAGCGGAUGCUCUACUGCUUUCUGUAUUGUUGUUCAAGUCGCACUCCUCAUCGGAGCCGCGCUUUCACUUCGUUAACGGCGGUGCUGUGCUCGAUCAUGGUCAACGGCAACGGUGGGAUAGGGCGGAAGAGGCGGCCCUGGGAUCCGCCCUUAUGCCAAGCUGUGGCGUGAGUGCGCGCGGUGGAGUCAAUUGCGAAGAUGCAUCGCCUGCUACCUCUUUGCCAUCUACCUGUGCGGAGACUGCAGCGCCCAUUUUGCCGUGGUUCAGCCUCCUCGUGCCGCAGCUGAGAACGGCGCUGACGUACGUUGCUACAGGCGGUGCACUGAUGCUGGUUCAUGGUGCCCCGCACUGCGCGAGCCUCUUCAUUCUGAUGCGGUGUAUGGAGGAGGUCGUCGACGUAGCUCCCGCUACGUCCUCGUCGGCGGGCCGUGGCAGCGUGCACGUGCUGGAGACAAUGCACCUUGCAAAGGCACCUAUCUAUGUGCUGUGGACAGGUGUUCGACCACCGCGCAAUGGCCAGACUGAUUCAGUCGAAGUUCGGGAGAUACCGGAUGCGCAGACGUGCCUACUCGAGGCGCUCAGCACGACAUCGCCGCGCGUCUUUCCGCUCUGUAGUACAUCGUCGCCGCCAUCUACUACCUCCCCCGGCUACAGUCGUUCACUACUACACGAGAAGCAGCGCCUUUGGCUAGGUGAGUCAGACGAGGGGUUCAAGCUAGCUGUCGAUGGCUUCCAGCGGUACGGCCAUCUUGUCGAGGCUGUCUGGGAGCGGAUGGAGGCGUUUCUCCGACAGCGCCGUGAGCGAGCAGAGCGUGAGGUGCACGGUGGUGGCGGAGGUGCUCUCCAUGGCUGGAGGGCGGCGUCCACGGCGGGCUUGAAGCGCAUGCGGAGUGACGGCUGA